CACCAUCAGAAGCAGAGCAGCAUCCCAGUGCAGUGCAGUGCAGUGCAGUGACCAUGCUGCUAGCUACUGCUACCGAUGCAAACGCUAGCUAGGGUAGUGGAGUGGCGAAUAUCCGUAGCCUUUCCCCCAAAACCUUUUCCCUCCUUCCUCGGGCCUCUGCCCAAACCCUGCAAAACCGUCCUGGAUUCGCAGACGAAUCUUUCUUUCUACCACCCCUGUUUACCUUACCACUGCUCCUAACACUACUAACCAUGACAGUGAAAGCGUCCAACAAACCAUGCUCGUUUUGCUUGCACUCCCAACUCCCAAGCUCUCCAACCUCCAACCUCCAACCUCCAGGCGUGUGAGGCGUGAACGAAUGCCAUAUCCCGUGUAGAGGCAUAGCAUUGGCCAAUCCAUCACCAACUUUUAUUGAGGUUCAUGGAAAUCUCGAGGUGACCGAUCAUGCCGCUUUGCUAGAUGAGAUCAAGCAAACACCCAAAUCCCUUUUCCAGCCCCACACUCAAAUCACGUCUUUCCCUUCCCUUGACACAAUCAACCUCCUUUGCAAAUCCUUCCUGGGAUUAUUGCUGGGAAAAGGCCACUCUUUUCUGCUACCUUUGAUCCAUCCCUCUGCGCUCUGCUCGCUGCCAGCUUUGGCAAACCCUUCACCAUUAUUGCCCUCUGCCGCCCUCGCCUACUCUCCUGGGUAGUACUAGUACUCUACUUGCUCGCCGUCAAUGCCCGCCCUUUGCUCGCCAUCCCUGGGAAUCCCCCGUCGCGGUCGUCCGUAGGUGGGGUUCGCCCGGGCUUCAUUUAUUGUCACCCCAAAAGAUUCCAGCUCGUGGUCGCGGGUGGAGCUCUGGUGGCUCGGGAUUUUGAGAGCCUUCUUCUCGAGUUCUUGGAGCCUCCCCUCUCUUUCCGGUGAGGGUUUCAGCUCCGAGCUUCGAUUUCGGUGUGUUCUUGGAGGUUCCCGACAAGAUCCCCUCUUGUAUCUGCUCGCCUGGUUGCUUCGUCCAAGAUCUGAGCUCGGAGCCCAAGAUUUCAUUUUCGAGCUGCUGCUGUUGGGCUCAUCUGCUGCCUGUCCAUGGGUUCUCGUCCUCGGUCCGGCAGUGGGGGAGCCGCGGCGGCGCUCUUCGUGGCGGUGGCGGUGGCGCUGGUGGUGGUCUCCUGGUCGGCGGCGGGGGUGGGCGCGAUAGGUGCCAACUGGGGCACGCAGGCGAGCCACCCGCUGCCGCCGGACACGGUGGUGAAGAUGCUCAAGGACAACGGGUUCCAGAAGGUGAAGCUGUUCGACGCCGAGGACGGCACCAUGAGCGCCCUCAGGAAGAGCGGCCUGGAGGUCAUGGUCGGCAUCCCCAACGAGCUGCUCAUGAACAUGGCCACCAGCAUGAAGGCCGCCGACAAGUGGGUCGAGAAGAACGUCUCCCACUACCUCAACAAAGGCUGCAACGUCAGGUAUGUUGCGGUUGGUAAUGAGCCUUUCCUGUCGACAUACAAUGGAAGCUUUCUGCAAACUACUUUUCCUGCCCUCAAAAACAUACAAAGUGCACUUGUGAGGGCUGGGUUGAGCAGUCAAAUCAAAGUAACUGUUCCUCAGAAUGCUGAUGUCUACGAUACAUCAACUGGCAAGCCUUCUGACGGGGAUUUUCGCACAGAUAUUCACGAUAAGAUACUCGAAAUUGUGAAGUUUCUGAGUGAUAAUAGCGGUGUUUUUACUGUCAACAUCUACCCUUUCAUAAGCCUCUACAUUGAUCCAAACUUCCCCGCCGAGUAUGCUUUCUUUGACGGGCGCUCACAGCCCGUUGUUGAUGGCUCUGCAACAUAUACAAACAUGUUUGAUGCAAACCACGACACACUCAUCUGGGCUCUGAAGAAGAAUGGAUAUGGGAAUCUGCCGAUCGUUAUUGGGGAGAUAGGCUGGCCAACUGAUGGUGACAUGAACGCAAAUGCUCAGCUCGCCCAGCGCUUCAACCAAGGCUUCAUGACACACAUCGCCACUGGGCGAGGGACACCGAUGAGGCCUGGACCGAUUGACGCUUACUUAUUCAGUCUGAUCGAUGAAGAUGACAAGAGCAUACAGCCAGGGAAUUUCGAGCGCCACUGGGGGAUCUUCACAUACGAUGGCAUCCCAAAGUAUCAACUGAACUUCGGUGUGCCAAAUUCAGAGAUCAAAAGAGCAAGCGGCGUGAAGUACCUUGACAAGAAAUGGUGUGUGCUGAAGCCUACUGUCAGCCUCGACGACCCAAAGCUUCCAGACACGGUGAGCUACGCGUGCUCCAGGGCAGACUGCACCAGCCUUGGCUACAGGACUUCUUGCGGGAUGCUGGACAUCCGGAGCAACAUCUCGUACGCCUACAACAGCUUCUACCAGAAGAACGAUCAAGACGACGUGGCCUGUGGCUUCUCAGGCUAUGCAACGACCACCGGCCAAGACCCCAGCACCGGGACAUGCAGGUUCGGGAUCAUGAUCGAGGUCGACUCGGCCUACUCGUGGAAGCCGCGGCUGGUCCGGAGCAACUACCUCCUGGUGCUUCUCCUUGCACUUGUUCACCUGUGUGUGUCAUCCUCAUAGGUGCUUUUUUUUCUGCCAAAGAUGGCUCGGCCAUGAGAGCAUCAACAGCCUGGCAGCUUAGAGGGAUAUUUGAAUGCCUGCUGUCAGUGCGUUCAUCCAUGUAGGAACCUUUUUCGACCUUUUUCUAUUUCUUCUUCUAAUUUCGGUGGAUUCGGACGUCGCAGCCGCAUGGUUGAAUUCUCCUUUUUAGCGUAGCUUUGAUCUUCCGGUACCAUUGUGAUUGGGAUGGUGAUGAACUGGACCAUUUAUACCCAGGAAUGUGAGUGAGGGUAUAGCUAUCAAACCUGCAAA